AUGUCGCACUUCACCCCCGCAGUCACCCUCGUCUGGUCCCUCCUCUCCGCCCUCGUGCGUCCCUCCCUCCCCCCCCCUCACCUCGCGUACGCGCUGAUUGAUGGAUGGAUGGAUGCGCCGACCGAUGGACGGAGUGCCUCCGGUGCGUCCGUCCGUCCGUCCGUCCGUCCUCGCCGCGCGCUUUCUCCCGCGCGGUAUGCGAACGCCGACUCACGCGACGCCUCUUUUGCCCUCUUCGUGCGCGUGCGCUCGCCCGCCAUACGUCUGCGUCCGCGUCCGCGUAGAUGGAGCUACUCGACAAACUCGGGCGCGUUCAAGCGCCUCAUGACCCCUUCCCCUCCCGUCUCCUGCUCAUCUGACGCCUCCUCUUCCCCGCACCGCCCCGCACCGCCCACUGGACUCCACGCAUCCCACCCCGCCCGCCCUCGCGCCCGCACGAUCAAGUACGCGGAGGGCUGGGCGCUCGUACCGGGCGUCGGCGUGAUCCCCCUCCCGUACGAGGAAUGGACCCGCGCGCACCGCCGCGCCAUCUUCCCGCUCACCCUCUGCCUCUCGUUCGCGUGGGCCCUCGAGCUGUGCGUCGCCCCCUCCUCCUAUGCGCCCUCCUAUGCGCCCUGCGACGUGACGCACCUCGAAGAGCUCUGCUUCUGGCUCUUCGUCCUCAACGCCGGCCGCGCGCAAGACGCCGCAGCGCCGUCCCAGCGGCACGGCGGCGUGUGGUUCCAGAGCGCGCACUUCCGCGCGUGGGCGCUCGGCUCGCUCGCCGCGCUCGUGUACCUCCCCGCCGUGACGGGCGUGAUGCGGAGGGAUGCGCUGAAGUGCGAGGCGUACACCUUUUUGGUGGGCAGCCUCAGCAGCCUCGCCCUUACGAUCUCCUUCCUCCCGAUCCUGUGGGCGUUCCCGCCCUUCUUGCGCAACCUGAGAAACGAGGGCGUCGAGAUGCCCACGAUCGUCCGGCUGACGAAGUUCCACGAGUACAACACCAUACGCGUGCUGUUUCGCUUUUUGUUCGCGGUUCCGAUCGCCGUGCUGGGCGUCGACGGCGUGCGCCCGCACCAGCAUAUCAACGAUAACAUGUUCGGAACGGAGAUCCUCGCCAUCGCCGCGGGCUUUGGCCUCGUGAUCAGCUCCGGGCUCACCCUCGUCAUCUUCUUCCCCCGGUCCAUCGAAGCCGAGAUCGCAGCGCGCGACCACAGCACCAACACCGGCACCGGCACCGGCGUCGGCAUCAUCUCCAGCGCACGCACGCGCACGCGCUCGCGCUCCCUCUUCCGCUCCGACCCCUCGCACCCCGCGCGGCCCUCCCUCGCCCCGCGCCAGCACCGGCACCGGCACCGGCACCGGCGCCAGCCCUCCUCCGCCAUCGACUCGGAGCUCGACUCGGAGCCCGACUCGGGCUCGGGCUCGGGCUCGGGCUCGGGCUCGGACGACGCGGACGACGGGGACGACGGGGCGCCGCGGUCCCCGCUGUCGAUCUCCCUCGCCGCGAAGCACGCGGACCCGUAUCAACAGUUCCCGACGCUCGAGUACGGCCGCGCGCCGCACCCGCUCGCGAUGCCGAGCGAGCCGCCCAGCGUGCUGCUGUACCGCGCCGCGCCGUCGCUCGCGCCGAGCACGGUCGCCUUCAACGUCGCGCCGACGCCGGCGCCGACGCCGCCCGUCGGCGCGGUGGGGCCGACGACGCGGUUGCAGCCGAAUCGGCGGCUCGUGGACGUGGACGUGGACGUGGACGGCGCGGAGGGCGCGGCGGGCGCGGGGAUCGGGUGGGGGCGGGCGAGGGGCGCGGAGGGCGCGGAGGGCGCGGGCGAUAUCGAGAUGGGCCGCGUCGGCGCGGGCGGGCUGACGGUGCGGAACCUCGCGCAUCACGAUGCGCGCGCGGGGCGCGCGGGGCGCGAGGAUGGGCGGCGGCGGCCGCGUGUGUUUUUGCAGUUCCGGAGUCCGAUCGAUUUCCGCGGGUCGGGAAAGUCGUCGCGCUCGUCGUGA